AUGUUGCUCACCGCGCGCUCCUACGGACUCGCCCAACUCCCCGACAAGGGCUGCGAGAAUUCUCCGCCGUCCUUUUUCUUGCUAAACUCGUCGAAGAGGGAACAGUUGGCCGCUGAGGAGCAAGCACGUAGGAUGCUGCUUGUUCACCAGAUCGGAAGUGUGAAAGUUGGGGAGGUCAUUCGCUAUUCUCUUACAUAUACCCCCUCCGAGGAUCGCAUCCUUCCUUCUCCCACCCAUCUCCAUGUAAAAAUCAAGAACAGUUCCGCUAUACCCCUCCGCGCUGCAUACCUCCAUGGCCCCUACACUAUCCAUGUCGCAACAUAUCCCUCUACCUUCAACCCAAAUCGUAAAGUCGAAUCCCCCAAAAAGGAGGGCAUACCGGAGUUUGAGCCGAACUUGAAGGCUGGUGGAUCGUGGAGUGCGACGCUCACCCUGCCCGAAGACAUCCGUGAGGUCAGCGGAAAAACAAAUCUGAAGCGGACCGCAGACGGGGAACCCAAAAGCGCAACAUGGAUCAUCGAGAUAGCCUCACAAAUACUUUUCUCAACUUCUGCGUCUGUGAAUUACGAACUUCUUGUGGCCAGGGAUGAAAGGUCGCUAGAUUUAGGCUUUUCGGCAGUAACGGGAAACAACCAUGGCGCUCCGGGCCACGUUAAGGACCACCAGCAGGCGGCGAAGCGGAAACACAAUAAGCAUCAUUCGGCCCAACCAAAGGGCGUAUACUCGAAGGCGGUGAAGCUGGUUGUGGAAGAUACGGAGGCCUUAUGGAACAAACCUCAGCUACCCGUGUGGGCUGACGAUGAUGAUGACGAUAACCAGCAGUCAGGAAGCUCGCGGGAACAUUCUGGAUACCCUGGAGGACCGGAGCGUCGCUCUAACACACAGAAGCGGAAGAAAAUUCAUCUUGUCAUCAUCACUCAUGGCUUGCAUAGCAACACCGGCGCCGACAUGCUGUAUCUCAAGGAGAGCAUUGAUGCCUCUGCCAAGGAAGCCAGAGAAGGCAAGAUCAAACGAAGGAAGUCUAGCGCCAGUAGAGCGAAGAGGUCGUCUACCAAUUCCGAGUCACCAGACGCGGACAAAUCGGACAGCAAUCAAGGAAAUGCAGAAGCAUCUACAGCACCAUUGUCAGGUGGCCAGGAAGACAUGGAAGAAGAAGAAGAUAGUGAUGAUGAAGAGGUUGUCGUUAGAGGGUUCCAUGGCAAUGCUAUCCGCACAGAGCGAGGCAUUCAAUAUCUCGGGAAGCGCCUUGCGAAAUAUGUCCUUGAACUCACAUACCCAGACCAGCCUUUCUUGCCCGUCAAGACGUCUACGGGAAAGAAACUCUCAAACACAUUCUCCACUACGAAGGCCGACCCCGACGAAGGUGUCCCAGCACACGCUGGUAGCAGUAUCUUGCGUGUAGAGAGCCCAGUUGAGGAUCGUGCGUACAGAUAUACUAGCAUCAGCUUCGUUGGCCACUCUCUGGGAGGACUUGUUCAGACAUACGCCAUUGCAUACAUCCACAAACACUCUCCAACGUUCUUCGAGGUUAUAGAACCGGUGAACUUCAUCUCGUUAGCAUCCCCAUACCUCGGCCUGAGUAACGAGAACCCCAUGUAUAUCAAGUUCGCUCUUGAUUUUGGUCUUGUUGGCAGGACAGGUCAAGAUCUCGGCUUGACCUGGAGAGCACCCACAAUUGCACGCAGUGGCUGGACUGCCAUGAUCAGUGGGCUUGGAAGCUCUGCUCAGAAAGAGCAGCGCCAACCCGAUCCAGGCUCUAAACCUCUUCUCCGGAUCUUGCCCACGGGACCGGCCCAUCAUGUCCUACGAAUGUUCCGCAACAGGACACUCUAUUCCAAUGUGGUCAAUGAUGGCAUUGUCCCGUUGCGAACUAGCUGCUUGCUUUUCCUAGACUGGAGAGGCCUCGGGAAGGUUGAUAAAGCUAGGAGGGACAAUGGACUGAUAGGCACAGUUGCAGGCUGGGGAUGGGGCCAACUGACAGGGCAAAACACGUCCUCACCUAAUCCAUCCAGAGUUGGCUUCUCGGAUGAUGACGAUGAUGGACUGGAAUCACCUUCCGGGCGUGAUGACGUGGUCCCUCAGCCUGGUGUAGACGUCACUAACGAGGACAAUGCAAGUCAAAACACCAUGGCUGAACCCGAGGCGCAUCAGUUCUUGGAUGGAAAGAAACAUGCUCCAACCGAACUCGCAACGAGCUCUAAAGACGUCCCACAAUCCACAAAUACUCUAUCAACAUUUCUCAAUUUUCUCCGUCCGUCAGCAGCUCACACUAGUAAAGACCGCAAGAUGUUCCGAAGAAGUCAGACCGUGGCAAUCGGAGAGGGUGAAGGGUUCAGUAGCGGACCGUCUUCUGAGACCGUAUCGGAACCAGCCAACAACACCACCAGCCAGCAGCAGAGCAAGAGACCUGGUGCCACAAGGGGCGACUCCAUUCUAAACAAUCCUAUGGAUCUCCGUGCGCCACCGAAGACUACAAUCUUCGAAUCCGCCGGUGACCUUCUGAGUCCGCCAGUGCCUCCCACUUCUUGGAUCAUCGAUCCUGCUUCGCGCUCUCGGACUAUAUUUCACGACAGAGUCUACCACCCAGAGGAUAUUCCUCCUCCGCCAGUGAAACGCCCUAGUCGAUUGACUAGGUCGUUCUCCAGCGAGCAGGGGAGCUUCGCUUCCGGCAGCAGUGAGCAGAGUCAAGACGACUCUGGUGGUAUGCGCGUCGAAGAAAAGAUUGCCAGAGCGUAUCACAAGGACUUAUCAUGGCGCAAAGUCCUCGUCCGACUUGAGCCAGAUGCACAUAACAACAUCAUUGUCCGGCGUAUGUUCGCCAACGCAUAUGGCUGGCCUGUUGUCAAACACCUUUGUGAUACGCAUUUCGCAGAUACCUACGCUGCAACCACCCGCGAUGAGAAUGAGCCUGCAGUUGACCGAGCGAAUGGUGUCGACAAGCCUGUGAAAGAAGACGGUGAAGAAGUCAAAGGCCAGAGUGACCUGUAUCCCCCAGCUAAACGGACGGUCAGCGAAAUGAGGGAGGUGGCCGAUGAAUUAGCACCGCUUAAGGGCUCUAUGGAUGGUGCAGGUGGAUAUGCCCACAGUGCGUCUAAUCGGAGUCUCAAAAGCAGAGACUCAACAGUGUGGGACGAUUCGUAUUUCGACGGUACAUCGGACGAGGACGACGAUGACGAAGGUGACGACCGAAACGCCAUCCAGAAAUUCCUACAACGACAGCCGCCAAAGAGCCACAGACGAACUUCCAGUCAGGCCAGCGACGAAGAGAGUGACGCAGCUUCUACUUCUGGAACUAGUCAGGCAGAGAUUGCGGACUUCUUGACGAGGUCACCGCCACCUAUGGAGGGUCAUCGAGGGCUUGGUGUUUCUCCACGCAAGGUUUCUGCAUCUCCUCGCGAACCUGACUCACUCGAAUCAAUGCACACCCCUCGCCUGCCGAAGAGCCCUGACAGCUCUCAAAGUCUCGGUAACACAGCUGGCCUAGGUCUUCGUCGUUCUCUAGAGCUGGCAUCUCCAACGUCACCGAGCGAAGGCCGCAAGAGAAGCGGCAGUGGACGGGUGGAACAAGUUGCGCGGUUGAGCUUUUCGUAA